UCCUAAGAGAAUAUUUGUUACUUAUUUCUGUAACUUCUUGAUUAUAGGUCCUUUAAGCAGAAUGAAUAAAAGAAUACCAAAAGGAAUUAAACCACCUACCCCGAGUCCACCGGCCCCCAGCCCACCGGGUCCCGAUCCAAAUGCCCCCAGCCCACCAGGUCCCGAUCCCAAUGAUCCCAGCCCAAUGGGUCCUGAUCCAAAGGCCCCCAAACCACAGGGUCCCGAUCCUAAUGCCCCCAGCCCACAGGGUCCCAAUCCGAAUGGUCCCGAUCCGAAUGAUCCGAGCUCUAAUGGUCCUGACUCAGAUGGUCCCGAUCCGAAUGAUCCUAACCCAAAUGGUUCUGAUCCCAAAGAUUCUGAUCCGAAUGCUCCCAGCCCAAAUGGUCCCCCUCCGAAUGGUCCCAGCCCAAAUGCUUUCGGACUAAGAGGUCCCGCUGGAAUGGGUCCCGCUGGAAUGGGCCCUGCUGGAAUGGGAAGAAGACAAAGUAAAUAAAAAUGAAAUUUAUUUCAAUAAAUUUAUUAUCCAAUAUACGUACAUGUUAUAUUCAAUGAUUCGUUGUUAAUUUUUUUUUUUUUGUAGACAAGUAAAGACUUUAUGACCAUCCUCUAAAUUAAAUAUGCUAAAAUAAUAUAGAAUACAUACAUUUCCUACACAUAUUUUCAAUUCUUAUUACUAACUAGUCGCCUUUGGCGACCAGCCGGUUCGCCAAUCUUAAUGCUCAUUAAAAUUUUUAGUUAGUUAAAUAUUUUAUGUAACUUGUUAUCAUAGUAGGUUUUUCAGCAAAAUAUUUUUAAACUUCAAGUUUUGAUAGUCAUAUAAUUCACUCAUAUUAUUAUAAAUGCCUUAAGCCAUAACGUACAAUGCAUUUCUCUAAUUUUGUGUCAGCCCCCGGUAAAAUUUCAACUUUAAAUUAAAGUAAAACUGAUUAAACUGCAAUUAACAUAUAAACAGUUUUAUUGAAACCAAGCAUUUUUUUAAAUGUGGUAAUUCCUGGUGGUGCUGAAAACAGAAAUGAAUGAAUUAAAAAUGGUGCUGAAAACAGAAAUGAAUGAAUUAAAAAUGGUGCUGAAAACAGAAUCGUUCAGCAUUUAAGUCUUACGUACACUACAGAAUAAUUCAUCAUAAAAUUCAGUUUUUAGUUUUACUUUCAAAACGAUUCAAAUGACUUUAAUAUUUUAUUUUGUUUUGGUCUAAAUUUUAUACAGUCCUUUUGUCUUAAGGAAUCAAAUACUGUAAAUUAUUCUUGACAUUGCAAGUUUUAAAUAAGUAAAUGAACGUUUCAAUCUAGUCCUUUGGUCUUAAGGAAUCAAAUACUGUAAAUUAUUCUUGACAUUGCAAGUUUUAAAUAAGUAAAUGAACGUUUCAAUCUAGUCCUUUGGUCUUAAGGAAUCAAAUACUGUAAAUUAUUCUUGACAUUGCAAGUUUUAAAUAAGUAAAUGAACGUUUCAAUCUUCGUUUAUGAAAUCUGAUUGAUUUAUGAAGUUUCGAAUAGAACAGUUUAGAAAAAUUAGUAUUUUCGUAAUUUUAGGCCAAACAGUCUUGAGAAGCCCUGGGUGAAGGGUAUCAUCUUUGAGACUAUCUAUAAAGUGGUCUAAAAUCGCCCGUUUUCAUCGAAAAGUGAUAUUCAAAUUUUUAUUAAUCAGUCAGUUUCAGUGACUGAUUUAGUUGAUUAAAGUACAACUCUUUUUAUUUAAAAUAUAAGUGUCUCAAGAAUAUUAUGCAAAAUAUGAUUCACAGAGCAGAGGAUUUAGAAAAAAGCUAAACAUUCCGAAAUUUAUUAGAGCAUUCAUUGACUCAAGAUACACAAAAUGUAAUUAUGUACUUCAUUUAGACCAUUUUAACAUAUGUAUUUCUAUUAUUAUAGGUUUACAAAUUAACCACUGAGUCAUAAAAUUAAACGAUAUAUAUUAAACCAUGUUUGUCUUAAAUAAAGCUGAUUUAUUGAAUUAAUAAUGUGGAUAUUGUAAAAGAUCAUAGAAAUCAUUGUCUUUCAUUUAUUUUUUAGAAAAUAUUAUACUUCUUAUUUAUUUCAUUUCAUACAGACGAAAAUUACACUUUUCUGAGUAUGCAGUAAUAUUUAACUUAUUUUUUUAAUUUGAGAUUUAGUCAAUGUGAUGGCAACUCGUUGAUAAAAGCUAAUUUUUUCCCAUGCAAUCAUAGCAUGCUCGCGCAGGUUGAAUUUGUAAUUUAUUUCGUGUGAAAUAAAUUGUUGAAAACUGUAGCUAAAGUAUUUAAAAAACAGUCAUUUAAGAAAAGAAACCUAAUUUAUAAUUUAAAACAUUGGUAUUAAUAAAUAGAUAAUUUUCUGAACUUUAACUUGAUCUAAACAUCAUUUUUAUGCAAUGAUAGUUUUGGAAGUUAUUAUGAAAAAACGCCGAAAUUUCGCUUAAUGUUAAAUGAAUUAUAAUUCUCGUUAAAAAAGAAUCGCUCCGACGUGCACAUUACCGAACUCCAAGGUAUACAUUUGCCAAAUUUGGUGGCUGUGGAUCAAACGGUCUGACCUGCAGAGUGCCACAAGACACACACAUUCAGUUUUACUAUAAGUAUAGAUACAUAUAGAUGCUAAAAGUUUUUUUUUUAUUUUUACAGACGGUGGACCAGGUAAAUAAACAUGAAAUUUAUUUCCAUAAAUAUAUUAUACAAUAUUGGUACAUGCUGUAUUCAAUAAUUCUUUUGCAAUUAUUUUUGGUAAUUAAGGAAAGACUUUAUGACCAUCCAGUAUAUUAAAUAUGUUGAAAUGAUUCUAAAAUACAUUCAUUUUAUUAUUUCGUAUAUUUCCAUUCAUGUUACUAAUAUUACAAACUUAUCCUUUUUUACUGAAGGAGGACAAGGUAAAUAAAGAUGAAGCUUAUUAUACAAUAUAAUACAUGUUAUAUUCAAUUAUCAUUUAGUAAUUAAAGAAAGACUUUAUGACCAUCCUGUAUAUAAAAUGUGCUUAAAUAAUUCUAAAAUACAUUCAUUUUAUUCUGUCGUAUGUUUGAUUUCAUAUUACAAAUGUUACAAACUUUUUUUUUAUUUUUGCAGGAGGAGGGCAGGGUAAAUAAAAUAAAUGUAUUAUAUUAUAUACGCGCAUGUUAUAUUCAAUGAUCCUUUGUUAAUUAAUUUGGAAAAUUAAGGAAACACUGUAUAACCACCGUGUAUAUUAAAUAUACUGAAAUAAAUACAUUUCCUUCGAAUACUUCUAAUUCAUAUUGUUAAUAUUACAAACUUGUUUUUAUAUUUGCAAGGAGUGGGCAAGGUAGAUAAAUGUGAAUCAGGCUUUUUACCAGCGGAAGGAUAAAUAAAUUGCUUUCACUGAUUAUUAGGUUCUCUUUCAUUCAACGCCCAGCUCAGUCCUUUUGUUUUAGAGUCUUAAUUGAUCCUCCGGAAGGAGAAUACUUAAAUAAAAGAGAAUCAAAUAGUAAUAAAUAUGCAGCAAAAAUUUAUCAAACUGGUAAUCAAUCAGGGAGAGUAAAAUUUGAAAUGCUUAAAAUAUAACGAAAGAUUAAUUUUAAAGUAUGCAAGAACAUAAUAAUAAUGCAGAAAACAAAUAUUAACAAAUCACAACAAAAUUCUGAAGGAAAAAAUCCUUACAUAAGAUUUAAUUGCGUGAAAAAUUUGUUAGUGACUACAAUAAAACUUCUAAGCAUUGUAAUAAAAAAAAUUUCAAUUAUAAAAUUGCCGUAAAUAAUAUUAUACCAUAUAGAAUGACUAAACAUUCAAAUACUAUAAUAAUUACAUUUCGAAACAAUAAUGAGAUCUUAUAUUAUGCAUUUCAUAAAUACCAUUUUGAUGUAAUUCUGCUGUUACCUUUUAUUCUACAGGUGGCGGAAGAGGUAAUUAAAGAUUUAAUUAUUCACGUAUUAAUUAUUCAAGUCUUUUAAGCAACUUCAACUAACUACAAAAGUUUACAUAACUACAAAAGCAUUUAUGUUUUUUUAAAAAUUAUUAUUACCUUUGAUGUAAAAUUCCUUAAUUUUCAAAUAGAACGUUUCAUUUCUUUCCAAACUGCAAAAUAUGUAAAGGAAAACCUAAACAAAGCAUUAACAUAAAUCGUAGGCCUAAUUCUUAAGAAAAUUGAUUCAAAAUUAGUUUAUUUUUUACUGAUAAGUGAUUACACAGAUGUGAAAAGGUAACCUUAAGAUAUGAGUCAAAGAGUUUUUUUUUCUUCAGUUUCCCACUGUACUUUUCCCAACUCCUAACUAAAUAACUCCGAAGCUAAUUUUUUUGUAUAAUUGCUGUAUAGUGCGUAAUUUCUCCUCCAUAUUAAUUACCUUUUUCUUUUAUCACUCAGUUGGAAAUCUCCACUGUGGUACAUUUAAAAAACAGUAUGCAUAUCCCAAGAACAAUUUACGAGUACUGUACGUACUGGGCAAUUAUAAUCAGGAACUGAGGUCCAUUACACACAGACGAAACAAUGAACAACGAGCAGAACGCUGCUCUUUUCCUAUUUUCCUAUCACAAUUUGUAUUUUGCCUAAGACACAUAGUAGGAUCGUAGCAGACUCCCCCUUCCAACGCCUUGCCUUCUUUAUUUCGUUACGCUAAAAGAAAACUAGGCCAGAUAGUACAAAAGCCGGAUUGUCGCUAACCGGAUACUCGCGAGUGCACUGUAUGCUCAAGAUACCCUGAACUGAGCAAGAUCUAAGCUACUAUAUAAUUUUAAUUCCCUUAAUGCAUACCAUAAGCCAAUCUAUUCUACUAAAUUAAUAUUACAAUUACUUUUCUAAACGUGUAUACCAUCAAUUCAGAAAAAAAUUAUUUCGGAAAUAUACACCAUAGUUAUUUAGACAAUGGAAGCAUACUAAUGUUUCGUGUAAAUAUCAAACUUCGUGUGACAAAUCCUUCUCAUUUUUUGAUCUAAUAAGAAAUAACUAUAACGAGAUUAAAGAAUAUUUUAAUUCAAACUUUCAUUUGAAGAAGUGUUAAGAUAUAACCUUUAUCAUUUAUUACGAAUUUCUUAAUAAUGUUGGGAUUUAGCAGUAAUUUGUAUUAAAAUUUAUUUACAAAGAUUCAUUCAUAGUUUUCAAAACAUCUUUGAAAAUUAUUAAUAUUUCAUAACACUAUUAAUGAUAUUUUCUUCUGUAUCUCUAUGAAUCCUACAUAAAACAACUAGUGAAACUUUCAUAAAUUAAUGUAUACAUUUUAAGAUGAAGUAACUAACAAUAGUCUAAGAAAUUACAAUAAAAGUGCAGCAAAUUUAUCUUCGAUAAAUGUUAAAAUGCUUUUCAUUACUUUUGCACGUUUUUUUUUUCUUUUUCUUUUUUAGGUGGAAGAGCAGGACGUAGAGGAAGAUAUGUUCCUCCACAAAAUUUUCAAAGAUUUGCCUAAUGAACGGUUGAAAGCUAUACUCCAGGUUGAAUCGACGUCUGAAAAGAUCACAUUUAAGACAUUAUUUUAUUGAAAAUGAAUGCCCUUGUAACUGGAAGCGGGCUGAAUGUUUGACAUUGGAUAAUAAAUUGCAUUAA